UUCUAUUGUACAUUGUAAAUUCCUCUCUGCCCAUUUCUUGCCCUCCUACCUACGUCUCGAUAUAAGAAACUUGAAACUCAUCUUGUUUCCCAUACUUAAGGAUAAGUAAACCGGCGCAAACAUUCGAUUUCCCACAAACUCAUUGCGAUCAAAUACCUGCCAUAACAACCCCGUACUCAAGGCACCCCAGAUUCAGUUCUUGGAUGCUUUUAUCGAAUGCGAACAAUCACGGCAUGCUCGUAGGAAUUUGAGAAUAUAGCUGCCAUAAAAACAUUGUUCUCGUUUACACAUCUCGCAAAUUGUCACAAUGGCUUCGCAAGCUGCUAUGAUCGCGGAUACAAUCAUUGCUAUGAAAAGAGCAGUCAAGAGAAAAGCAUAUGAAUCAGAUUCCGAUGCUUCGAUCGAAAGACUUACAAAUCGAGGAAACAAAUUACGAAAGAGAGCAAGAUACGUGCAGCAAGGUCAAUUGGCCCCGCCAAAUGGUCGACAUAUAUACCGAGAGACAAUUGAUCACGCCGGCUACACGAGAGAUAUUAUUAGUAGGAAACCCCCGCUUUUUGACGAAGACGGCGAGAAGAUCGAUAGCGACGAAGAAGAUGAAGAGAAGAUUUCAAUCGCGAAAGCAGCAGCAGCAGAAUUCGAUCCAUAUGCAAAUAUAAAACUAGAGGAACUCCUUGCACCUUUAACCUCUGUCUCCGAUUUACCUGACCAUCCAAAAUUAUCGCAGCCCUUCACAUCAAAAGUUCUAACAGAAUUAACAAGAAAUGCGGGAGAGAUGCUUCAGAAAGAAAUGGCAUCUUUAUGGAAGAUUAAACAUCUCCUAACUCGACUCAGUGGCCAUGAUACUUGGAUGCCGUGUGAAACGGUCGAAACUGAAUAUGAUGCUUCUUUCUUCGAGACAGAAACGGAACGUCGUCGGGCUCAGGUAAAGAGAAUUGCAAAACAGCACGCGGAUAUGAUGUCGAGAGUAGCUCUGGCUUCUGACGACGAUAGCGUAGCUGCUUCAGGAUUGAUGAUUAUGGGUAUCGAGAGUGAUGCUGCCUCAGGAGUCGCUGCCCUUCAGGCUUUGAAAGGGAAGGGAAGGGCGUUGGAUGUUGACAGAGAUAUGACAUCUAACUCGGCAAAUGGAGAAAUUACCGACACAACUGCCGCGAACGGCACUGGCAACGACUCAGAAUUGGCACAUGGUUUAACCCCACCGCCAGACAAUGUUGAGAUGGACCAAGAGGGUUCGCAAGAACCAGGAGACGCAAUGGAUAUCGAGCCAACGGCUGAGGAUAAUGAAGACGAUACGGUCAUGAAUGCCGUUCCUCGCCGUAUGAGGACUCGCGCCCAAGCACAGGCGGUGUUCGACAAUGCGACUCGUUCGAGGUCUAUCACACCCGAUUUGAAUGGCGAACCUUUCGUUCAUCCUUAUUUCUUGGCACCCGAGAACUCGUAUCCCGAUCGAGAUCUUUAUCUACCUCAUGGAGAGGCUGACGAAUUAAGGAGAUUAUUGGUACACUAUAUUCAAAAGCAAGAAGAGAUUAUCCGAGGAGCCCAGAAAGUGUAUGACGGAUUAUUGAGAGCCGAUCGUAUGCGCCAUUUGGUUUUGAAAUGGACAAAAGCCGAAGGACAUGUCGGUAACAAUCGUGAUAUGUCAGAUGGUGAGGAUUGGUAUGAUAAAGACGAAUGGGGAUUAGAUGAAGAUUUGAAGAAAGGACAAGAUGAAGAAGAGGAAGAUGCUGCAACGACAGCCAAGAAAACCAGAACGAGACGACAGUGAUCUGACAUAGCGAAUCAUAUCAUAUCAUGGGUAACAUUGUUUUGGGACAAGGGAAGGAAGGCAGGCGUAAUGGGCAUGGAGAUUGCACGGGAAUCCAGGGGAUAAACUUACUGUAUGAAGAUACCAUGACCUUGGGGGGGGGAUUCAUGAUGGCGCAAUGAGGAAAGAUUGCAUUAUAUUAUGCAUUCUGUAUUGAAUGCAACAAAUGGAGUGAGUAGCACAAUAUGAACAAAUCGAAAUUUAUAGGGAAAUUUAGGUAUAUUGGUCGGUAUGAAAUGAAAAUUAUCUUAUUCAAGA